AUGGUAUUAUUGCCAAAUGGUGAGGGGAUUUUUAUAAUUUCUAAUGCCUUGAUACUUUUGCAGACGUCACUGAAUUCUCCAUUUCCAAGAAUUAAUGUUGACUUUGCCCUGAGUGAAGGAGACAGUUAUAUACUACUUCAGGAGACGGGCCCCACUGAAUUUACUGUGCACGAUCCAGAGCAGGAGAUCAGUCUGGGUCCCGCCUGCUGGCUGUGGGACUACCUGCGUCGCAGUGGACAAGGAGGAUACUUCCUGCCUCUAAGUGGCGGCAUCGACAGUUCUAGUUCUGCCUGCAUCGUGGCAUCCAUGUGUCACCUGGUGGUUGAUGCCUGCUGGUCUGGAGAUAAAACUGUGAUUGCUGAUGUUGAGCGUAUAGUGGGAGAAGAGGGCUAUCUACCAUCAGAUCCAGAGGAGUUGGCUAACAGGCUGUUUACCACCUGCUACAUGGGUUCAGAAAACAGCUCUGUCGACACAAAGACCCGAGCAGCAAACCUCGCCAAGCAGAUUGGGAGCUAUCACUUAAGUAUUUGUAUUGAUGUUGCGGUAGCUGCUGUUCUCACCAUCUUCACUGCUGCAUUGUGUGUGGUGCCCAAGUUCAAAGUUCAUGGCGGCAGUCUUCGAGAAAACUUAGCUCUUCAAAAUGUUCAGGCUCGACUGCGGAUGGUGUUGGCGUAUAUGUUUGCUCAGUUGAGUCUGUGGGCUCGAGGCAGGUCAGGAGGUCUCCUCGUUCUCGGAUCAGCUAAUGUAGAUGAAAGUUUACGGGGUUACAUGACUAAGUAUGAUUGUUCGAGUGCUGAUGUCAAUCCUAUUGGAGGAAUCAGCAAAACGGACCUGCGUCUUUUCAUCAAGUACUGUGUGAAAACAUUCGGAUACACGUCCCUUGUUGGCAUCCUGGAAGCUCCACCAACUGCAGAACUUGAGCCGCUAGCUGAUGGUCAGAUUGCCCAAACAGAUGAGCAAGACAUGGGGAUGACAUAUGAAGAAUUGUCUGUGUUUGGACGACUUCGGAAGCAGAAGUUGUGUGGUCCAUACAGCAUGUUUUGUAAACUUGUUCACACAUGGAGUGAUCACUACACACCAAGCCAGGUUGGAGAUAAGGUAAAGCAUUUUUUCCGAAGUUAUGCAAUUAACCGACACAAGAUGACUGUCCUGACACCAGCCUACCAUGCAGAGUCCUACAGUCCGGACGACAAUCGCUUUGAUCACAGACAAUUCUUGUACAACACACACUGGCCCUGGCAGUUCACCUGUAUUGAUAGACAGAUGAAGACGUUAAUGAAUGCGCUGAAGAGGGAUCCUGAACUGUUGAAUCGCAGUAGGACGAAUUCUACUACUAACAUGAGAAGGGACAACGCUGUCAGGUCCACUCAAAGUCCAGGGGUUGCUGCUAAAACUACAGCCUGCAUCAGUUCCUUUCCCAGUGUCACUGUUACGAUCCAAGUAACAGACAACUUGGUACACUCCGUUGCAGGACACGCAAGUAACCAAGAUACAGACUGUGGCAGUUACACUCUCAAGAAACGCAGACUGCUGACCUGUCCUUAGCCUCCAGUUUAUGUUAACAGACUGACUAUAGACAUCACAUCACUAUUACAUACCUGUCCUUAGCAUCCAGUUUAUGUUACUAGACUGACUAUAGACAUCACAUCACUAUUACAUACCUGUCCUUAGCAUCCAGUUUAUGUUACUAGACUAUAGACAUCACAUCACUAUUACAUACCUGUCCUUAGCCUCCAGUUUAUGUUACUAGACUGACUAUAGACAUCGCAUCACUAUUACAUACCUGUUCUUAGCAUCCAGUUUAUGUUACUAGACUAUAGACAUCACAUCAUUAUUACAUACCUGUCCUUAGCAUCCAGUUUAUGUUAACAGACUGUAGUUUCAUCUGGGCAAAAAUGUAUGCAAUUUUAUUUCAUCUAGUACCACUGUGUCAAGUAGCCUUUUGCUUGAAACAUGUAUGGGGUAUCUGUAAAAAAAAGUAAUCAAAUUUUGUGUGGAACUAGGGUAGUCAUAGACGCUACCCAUUAUCACAGAAAUGAGACCCCCAAUUGUUUCUGAUUCACUUUAAGGGUGAGGGGUGGUAGUAUUUAUAUCUGUGGCAUUUAUAUCAAUUGAUACGCUGCAGCAGGGGUGGGGAAAAGCCCUUUUUUCCCGGUCUGGGACCGAUUCU